UUUAUGGAUCCGGAAUUAUGAAGGGACACAUGAUUUUCCGAGAUUCCCUCUUCUCCUUCUUUUUUCUCAUUCCGUCUUUCUCUGUGGGUUUUGCUUACAACAGACUGCCAUUUUUCUUAAAUUACUUCUUCGAUACAUACUUGCUCAUAAAUGAAGACACUCCAGUGGGUUCUUCAAUUACUCAACUACGUGCUCAAGACUAUGAUGGUGACAAAUUGGUGUAUGGAAUAGUAGGGGAUGAAGCCAGGAAAUAUUUUGCUGUGGAAAGUGAGACUGGAGUGGUGUGGCUUAGGCAAUCCUUGGAUCGAGAGACUAAAUCGGAAUUCACAGUUGAAUUUUCUGUCAGUGACAGCCAGGGGGUUAUCAAAAAUAAAGUAAAUAUCCAGGUUGGGGAUGUCAAUGACAAUGCACCUAUAUUCCAUGGUCAGCCGUAUACAGUGCGUAUUGCUGAGAACACACCAGUGGGAACUCCAAUUUAUAUUGUGAAUGCCACGGAUCCUGAUCAAGGAACAGGUGGAAGCGUCUUGUACUCCAUUCAGCCUCCCUCCAAUUUUUUUACUAUUGACAGAUCUCGGGGCAUUGUGUCUGUGAUAAGUCCAUUGGACUAUGAAACUAUCGUGGCAUAUCAACUUCAGGUCAAUGCAACGGAUCAAGACAAGACAAAACCUCUGUCAACAUUAGCCAACCUGGCCAUUACAAUCACUGAUAUUCAAGACAUGGACCCAAUUUUCAUCAACUUGCCAUACAGCACUAACAUAUAUGAAAACUCUCCUCCAGGGACAACAAUACGUAUGAUAACAGCUAUCGAUCAAGACAGAGGGCGUCCUAGAGGAAUUGGUUAUACUAUAGUAUCAGGUAACACCAAUAGUAUAUUUGCCUUGGAUUACAUCAGCGGUGCUUUGACCCUGAAUGGACAACUAGACCGAGAAAAUCCACUGUACACAUCAGGAUUCAUUCUAACUGUUAAGGGAACUGAAUUGCUGGAUGACCGGAGCCCUUCUGAUGCCACCGUGAAAACUACAUUCAACAUUCUAGUGAUUGACCUCAAUGACAAUGCUCCGCAGUUUAAUAGCUCAGAGUACACCGUCAGCAUUCCAGAGUUGGCCCAACUUGGUUUUGCUCUUCCUCUGUACAUUCAAGUACAAGAUAAAGAUGAGGGUGUCAACAGUGCCUUUGAAGUUUACCUUGUGGGAAACAACUCCAACCACUUUAUAAUUUCUCCAACUUCUGUCCAAGGAAAGGCUGACCUCCGUGUGAGAGUUGCUGUGCCCUUGGACUACGAGACAAUACCCCGCUAUGAAUUUUCUCUGUUUGCAAAUGAAAGUGUCAUGGAUCAUGUUGGAUUUUCCCAAUUUAAAAUUAACCUUCUGAAUGAAAAUGAUAACCGUCCUAUCUUCAGCCAGCCGCUCUACAACAUCACCUUGUAUGAGAAUGUUACUGUGGGAACCACAAUCCUCCAAGUUUCUGCUACAGACAAUGAUGUUGGGUCCUUUGGGAAAGUCACCUAUUUAUUCAGCGAUGACCCAGACAGGUUUUCAAUUGAUAAAGAGACUGGAAGGAUCACCCUUAUUGCUCGGCUUGAUUUUGAGACUACUCAGCGCUACACCCUGACAGUGAUUGCCAGGGACGGUGGAGGUGAAGAGACAACAGGUCGUGUGCGCAUCAAUGUUUUGGAUGUCAAUGACAACGCACCCAUCUUUCAGAAAGAUUCUUACCUUGGAGCAAUAAGAGAGAAUGAGCCAUCUGUGAUCACAGUGAUCAAACUUCGGGCAACCGAUGAAGAUUCCCCACCAAAUAAUCAGAUUAUUUACACCAUUACUGAGGCAUCAGUAUUCCGAAACUUUUUUGAAAUAGCAGUUUCUGAAGGUUAUGGAGUGAUAACUGUGGUUCAACCUUUGGAUUAUGAACAAAUCCCCAAUGGCAUCAUAACUUUGCAAGUGAUGGCAAAAGACUCAGGGGUGCCACCUUUAAACAUCACUGUACCUGUUAGCAUUGAAGUCUUUGAUGAGAAUGACAACCCUCCCACAUUUAGUCGCCCAUCUUAUGUUAUUACAGUAAUGGAAAACAUUAUGGCAGGUGCUACUGUGCUGUUUUUGAAUGCAACAGAUUUGGAUCGUUCCAGGGAAUAUGGGCAGGAGUCUAUUAUAUACUCAUUGGAUGGUUCACCUCAGUUUCGGAUCAAUGCUCGAUCAGGAGAAAUCACUACAACAACUCUUUUGGAUCGGGAAUCUAAGUCAGAAUACAUCUUAAUUAUACGAGCGGUUGAUGGAGGUGUCGGACCCAAUCAAAAAAUUGGCAUUGCUACAGUAAAUAUCACUUUGUUAGACAUUAAUGACAAUGCUCCUCAGUGGAAAGAUGAACCUUACCUUAUCAAUCUGGUAGAGAUGACACCACCCGAUUCAGACGUCACUACGGUGGUCGCUUUUGACCCAGACCUUGCUGAAAAUGGCACACUGGUUUAUAGCAUCAACCCUGCAAACAAGUUUUAUAACCUGAAUAGUACCACAGGAAAAAUCCGUACUACUGGGGUGGUCUUAGACAGGGAGAACCCGAAUCCUGUAGAAGCAGAAAUGAUGAGGAGAAUUGUUAUCUCUGUAACAGAUCGUGGAAGACCUCCUCUCCGUGCCACAAGCAGUGCUACAGUUUUUGUGAAUUUGCUGGAUCUUAAUGAUAAUGACCCCACAUUUCAGAAUCUGCCAUUCAUUGCAGAGAUCCUGGAGGGCACGCCUGUCGGAGCAUCUGUAUUCCGGGUGGUGGCUCUUGACCUCGAUGAAGGGCUGAAUGGUCAAGUAACUUACCGAAUGCAGGUUGGAAUGCCACGAAUGGACUUCAUUAUCAACAGUACAAGUGGACUAGUCACAUCUACAACUGUUCUAGACAGAGAGAGGAUUGCGGAAUACUACCUCCGCGUAGUGGCUAGUGAUGCCGGAUCUCCAUCUAAAAGCUCCACCAGUACUCUUACAGUUCGUGUGCUGGACAUCAAUGAUGAAAGCCCUACUUUUUACCCAUCUCUGUAUAACCUUUCACUGGCAGAGAAUGUACCUCGAGAUUUCAUUGUGGCACGUCUCAAUUGCUCAGAUGCUGAUACAGGAUUAAAUGCUGAGCUAAGUUAUUUUAUCACGGGAGGGAACCAAGAUGGGAAGUUCAUGGUUGGGUUUCGUGAUGGCAUUUUAAGAACAGUUGUGAAUCUUGACCGGGAGACCAUGGCCUCUUACACACUAAUCCUGGAAGCUAUAGAUAAUGGACCAGCAGGAAAUCGCAAAACCGGAACAGCCACUGUCCUAGUGACAGUACUUGACAUCAAUGAUAACAGACCAAUCUUUUUGAAAAGCAGUUAUGAAGCCACAGUUCCUGAAAAUAUUCCUGAAUCCAGCAGCAUUAUUCAGUUGGAUGCCACUGAUGCAGAUGCGGGGGAGAAUGGGCAAGUUUGGUAUCGUAUUGUCAGUGGAAACCACAAUAAUUUUCGAAUUGAUGUAAGUACUGGGCUACUUAUGCGAGGGCCGACCAGUCUAAACAGAGAAACCAAUUCCUCUCAUGUUUUGAUGGUGGAGGCAUAUAAUAGUGAUCAAGGACCAAUGAGAAGUACUGUGAGGGUGAUUGUUUAUGUAGACGAUGUUAAUGAUGAACUGCCUGUCUUCACACAACGCCAAUAUAGCCGAUUGGGCCUUCGAGAAACCGUGGGGAUUGGUACUUCUGUUACUGUUGUUAGGGCUACUGAUCGGGACACAGGUGAUGGUGGGAUAGUGGUCUACAAGAUACUUUCAGGUUCUGAUGGAAAGUUUGAGAUUGAUGGAAGCACAGGCCUGCUGACCACGGUAGAUUACCUUGACUAUGAGACCAAGACAAGCUACACUAUGAAUGUGUCAGCCACAGAUCAAGCUCCACCAUACAAUUGUGGUUUUUGCACAAUCUAUGUCACUUUGAUGAAUGAACCAGAUGAAGUUGUUCAGUUCUCUAGCAGCAGAUAUGAGGCGGUGCUUGUAGAGAACAUUGCCACAGGUACUGAAGUGGUUCGUGUGCAGGCUCGUUCUAUUGAUAAUUUGAACCAGCUAACUUAUCGCUUCGACCGGAACACAAAUGCCCAAGCCUUGGAGCUUUUCAAAAUUGAUCAAAUCACAGGGGCAAUAACUGUGAAAGGCUUAGUGGAUCGGGAGAAGGGCGACUUUUAUUCCUUAACUGUAGUAGCAGAUGAUGGAGGUCCCAAGCUGGAGACGACUAUGGUACAGAUCACUGUUUUAGAUGAAAAUGAUAAUAGUCCUCAAUUUGAUCCAACAUCAGAGUCAGUAGUGAGUGUGGCAGAGGACUGUCCAACGGGAAGAAGAAUAGCUCUGGUUUUGGCCAGAGACCCUGAUGCCGGAGCUAAUGGACAAGUGUCUUUUUCUCUAGCUGGUGGAAAUGUAGACAGACUUUUUGAAAUCCGCAUUACGAAUGAUACUUAUGGUGAAGUUUUCCUUGUGAAACCACUGGACAGAGAACUACAAGAAAUAUAUUCAUUAAGGAUCCAAGCAUCUGACAAGGGCUCACCACCUCGGAGAACAGAUUAUACCUUGACAGUAAAUGUGAUGGAUAUAAAUGACAACCCACCUGUUAUUGAGAGCCCUUUUGGCUAUAAUGUCAGUGUUUUUGAGAAUGUUGGAGGGGGGACAUCCAUUAUUAAAGUAACAGCAACAGACAAGGACAAAGGACUAAACAGCGUCCUCUCUUAUUACCUUACACAAGGCAAUGAGGACUUAAUUUUCCGCAUGGAUAGGCUCUCAGGUGAAAUUGCCACUCGUCCAUCUCCUCCUGACCGUGAAAAACAGAGCUUCUAUCGCCUCAUGGUUGUUGUGGAAGAUGAAGGAAACCCAGCUUUGUCAGCUACAACAGUAGUUUAUGUGACCAUCUUGGAUGAAAAUGACAAUGUCCCCACAUUUGAGAGACUGCUGUAUGAAGUAACUUUGGAUGAGGGUCCUAUGACACUUAACGCUGUCAUAAUCACAACUACAGCUGUGGAUCGUGAUGAAGGUCUUAAUGGAACUAUUACCUAUAACAUAAUAAGUGGCAACCUUCUGGACACAUUUACUAUAAAUAAUUCCACGGGUCUGAUUCGAGCGGUAAAGGAGCUGGAUUAUGAAGUGUGCCUGGGAAGAUAUACGCUGAUAGUAACAGCCACAGACAGGUGUCCCAUUUUGAUACGUCGCCUGACAUCCACCACUACGGUCUUAGUCAAUGUAAAUGACAUAAAUGACAAUUGGCCCCAAUUUCCAAGGCCAUAUGAAGGGCCUUUCGUCAUAACAGAGGGACAGCCAGGUCCAAGAGUUUCAACUUUCAAAGCUGAAGACAAAGAUGCAGGUCUUAAUGGUCAAGUAGAGUACAGCAUUGUUGGGGGUGAUAUUCUUGGGGAGUUUGUAAUAUCAUCAGUUGAGGGAGAUUUGAGAGUGAGGAAAGACUAUGAAUUGGAUCGAGAGAACAUAGCUUCCUACAACAUUACUAUUAUGGCAAAAGACAGAGGCAAGCCUCCAUUCAGUGCUACGACUGUUGUUGAAGUACGUGUAUUAGAUAUUAAUGACAAUGAUCCUGUUCUCCUCAACCUUCCAUCAAAUAUAACCAUCAGUGAGAACACGCCAGUUUCAACUCCUAUCACCAGAAUUCUUGCCAGUGAUGCAGAUGCUGGGCGCAAUGCAAUUCUGACUUUUAACAUAACUGCAGGAAAUGGAGAGAAUGCAUUUUUUAUCAAUGAAAAUACUGGAAUAGUUUAUGUAAAUCGACCUCUUGAUAGAGAAAAGAUUUCAGAAUAUAGACUAACCAUUAACGUGAGGGACAAUCCAGAAAAUAUACGCAACUCAAGAAAGGAUUUUGACCUGUUGAUUGUGACAAUAUCAGAUGAGAAUGAUAACCGACCGGUGUUCUCCCAAGGAUCAUAUCAAGCCGAAAUCAUGGAAAAUUCCCCAGCAGGAACACCCAUCACUGUCCUAAAUGGGCCUAUUUUAGCUUUAGAUAAUGACUUAGGAGCAAAUGCUGUUGUGUCAUAUCGACUUCUGGGGCUUCAAAUGGAUUUGUUUACCAUGAACAAUAGCACAGGUAUUGUUGCUGUGAAAUCGGGAAGAAUUAUAGACAGAGAAGCAUACUUUGUCCCAAUACUGAAUCUAACCUUGGUAGCAGAGGAUAUUGACAAACUAAACAGCACUGCCGCUCUUAUAUUAACUAUAUUAGAUGCCAAUGACAAUAUACCUGUCUUUAGUGCACAAAGUAUCAACGUGCGUCUCCGAGAAAAUAGUCCCCCAGGUUUUUCUGUUCUGCAGGUGGCAGCAACCGAUGCAGACAGUGGACCAAACCAGCAACUAAGUUACAGAAUUGAAAGUGGUGCUCAAGAUAGGUUUCUCAUUGAUGCCAUCACAGGUGUAAUACGUGUAGCCAAUGUUACUGUGGAUAGAGAAGAAAAAGAUGCCUACAGGCUGAAGGUUGUGGCCACAGACCGUGGUAACAUUCCCUUGUCUGGAAGUACUACAGUAAAUAUCCUUAUAGAUGAUGUAAAUGAUUGCCGACCAGAAUUCAUUAACCCAGUUCAGACCGUCAGUGUAUUUGAGUCUGUUGAAGUGGGGACAGUGAUAGCCGAGGUUACUGCCAUCGACCGAGACCUCAACCCACGUCUGCAGUAUUACAUUAUUGAAGUUGUGGCCACUGAUGACACCAAUGCGAUUCUAUCUAACCAGCAGGCUGCUUUCAGUAUUAACUUUAACACAGGAGCAGUUAUCGUAAAUUCCCCUUUGAAUAGAGAGCUAGUGGCUGCAUAUGACGUUGCAAUCUCUGUAUAUGAUAAUGCAAGUGAGGUGGUCGAUAGAUCAGUCAGUGUCCCAAAUGCCAAACUAACAGUCAACAUUCUGGAUGUCAAUGAUAACACUCCUAGAUUUCGUCCUUUUGGGGUUACUGUUUUUUCUCAGAGGAUCAUUGAAGGUGCUACCCCAGGAACCACACUACUCUCAGUGUCUGCUGUUGAUCCAGAUAAAGGACUCAAUGGUCUGAUAACAUAUUCACUCCAUAACCUUGUACCGGCAGGAUAUGUACAACUUGAAGAUAAUAUGGCAGGAAAGAUUAUCGCAAACCGUACUGUUGACUAUGAGCAGGUGCAGUGGUUAAACUUUACUGUUCGGGCCUCAGAUAAUGGUUCUCCUCGUAGAUCUGCUGAGAUUCCAGUUCACCUUGAGAUUGUGGAUAUCAAUGACAACAAUCCUAUCUUCAACCAAUCGUCCUAUCAGAAACCAGUAUUCGAAGACAUUCAACUUGGUUCAACAGUUCUACAGAUUAAAGCAACAGAUGCAGACUCUGGGCGGUUUGCUCUCAUUCAGUAUAGCCUGGUUGAUGGAGAGGGAAGGUUUGGGAUAAAUCCUACAACGGGGGAUAUAUACAUCCUGUCUCCACUGGACAGAGAGAAGAAGGAUCUAUAUACACUAACCGCCAUUGCCAGAGAUAAUCCUGGGGAUAUCGCAAGAAACCGCCGUGAGAACUCUGUGCAGGUUCUUAUUACAGUACUGGAUGUUAAUGACUGCAGACCUCAGUUUACCAGAAGUCAGUUCAGCACCAGCGUGUAUGAGAAUGAACCAGAAGGCACGUCUGUAAUCACUAUGUCAGCCACAGACUUGGACGAAGGGGACAAUGGUGUGGUGACGUACAAUUUGGAGGGCCCUGGUGCUGAUGCCUUCCUUAUUGAUAAAGACUCUGGUCUGAUAACAUCCCGGAGACUUCUGCAGUCUUUUGAGCGCUUCAACUUGACAGUUGUAGCAACUGAUAAAGGCAAACCUCCGCUUUGGGGGACCACCAUGUUAAGAGUGGAAGUGAUCGAUGUCAAUGACAAUCGCCCCGUGUUUGUCCGACCACCCAAUGGCACUAUUCUUCACAUAAAAGAGGAAAUUCCUCUGAAAUCUACUGUGUAUGAAGUCUAUGCCACUGAUAAUGAUGAAGGUCUGAAUGGCGCAGUGCGCUACAGUCUGCUAAAAACUGGAGCUGGGAAUAGGGAUUGGGAAUACUUUAGUAUUGAUUCAACUAGCGGGCUGAUCCAAACAGCACAAAGAUUGGAUCGGGAAAAACAAGCCAUGUAUAAUUUGAUUAUUGUCGCCUAUGACCUCGGCCAGCCAGUGCCUUAUGAAGCCAUGCUACCUCUUCAGGUUGCACUAGAUGAUAUUGAUGACAAUGAGCCGAUCUUUGUCCGGCCACCGAGAGGUGUCUUGCAGUAUCAGAUUCUCUCUGUACGUGAACACUCCAAACCUGGAACAGUGGUGGGAAAUGUCAGUGGUGCUGUGGAUUCAGAUGAAGGAUCAAAUGCUAUAGUGUAUUACUUCAUUGCAGCUGGCAAUGUGGACAACAAUUUCCAGCUGAUUCCAGAAGGAAGACUCACAGUUCUGAAAAGCUUGGAUCGAGAGAAGGAACCAUAUUAUACCCUUAUAGUGAAAGCAUCCAGCAACAGAAACUGGUCAAUCCGAAAAGCAAUAAGGACUGCAAAGAUUCAGAGCUUUGACCCCAGCACAGACUCUACAUUGCAAGAAGUGAGAAUCUAUCUUGAAGACAUUAAUGACCAGCCACCCAGAUUCACAAAAUCCGAGUACACUGCAGGUGUUGCAACUGACGCUAAAGUGGGAUCUGAACUCAUAAAGGUUCAAGCCCUUGAUGCUGAUGUAGGAAACAACAGUUUAGUAUUCUAUACCAUUCUGGGUAUCCAGUACAUCAAACACAACUCAAAUGAUUCUGAGGCAGUGAAAAAUAUUUUUGUGAUUGGUAAUGUUAAUGGUAUAAUUCGAACCUUUGACUUAUUUACUGCCUACAGCCCUGGCUAUUUUGUGGUGGACAUUAUGGCUUCAGAUCUUGCUGGGCACAAUGACACUGCUGUUGUUGGUAUAUAUAUUUUAAGGGAUGACCAACGCUUAAAGAUAGUCAUUAAUGAGAUUCCGGAUCGAGUACGGGAGUUUGAAGAAGAAUUCAUACGCCUGCUUUCCAAUAUAACGGGAGCCAUUGUCAAUACAGAUGACAUACAGUUCCAUGUGGACAAAAAAGGGAGAGUGAACUUUGCACAGACGGACAUGCUGAUUCAUGUGGUAAACCGUGACACCAACAGGAUUCUUGAUGUUGAGCGGGUUAUACAAAUGAUUGAUGAAAAUAAAGAACAGUUACGUAAUCUCUUUCGUAAUUAUAAUGUCAUGGAUGUCCAACCAGCCACUGUUCCUACUGCUUCAGAGGACCUAUCUACCUUGCAGAUGGCAAUUAUCAUAUUGGCUAUCCUCCUGUUUCUGGCUGCCAUGUUGUUUAUCCUUAUGAACUGGUACUAUCGAACUGUACACAAGAGGAAGUUGAAAGCAAUAGUGGCUGGGUCCACAGGAAACAGGGGUUUUAUGGAUAUCUUGGAUAUGCCCAAUACAAAUAAAUACUCAUUUGAAGGUGCAAACCCUGUAUGGUUGGAUCCUUUCUGCAGAAAUCUGGAGUUGGCGGCACAAGCGGAACAUGAAGAUGAUUUACCUGAGAACUUGAGUGACAUUACAGAUCUCUGGAACAGCCCAGCAAGAACUCAUGGCACUUUUGGCCGCGAACCAACAGCUACAAAACCAGAAGAUGACCGUUAUCUUCGAGCAGCAAUUCAAGAGUAUGAUAACAUUGCAAAACUUGGGAAGAUCAUGCGGGAAGGGCCUAUUAAGGGAUCCCUGCUGAAAGUAGUGCUGGAUGAUUAUAUGAGACUGAAAACGUUAUUAGCACAGAGAAUGGUUCAUAAAGCCACCACCAGCACUGGGGACCAGUCCUCAGUCACAGAGUUGAUCCAGAAUGAUUUGGAUGAAGAUGAUGAUCAAAGCCCAAGACAUGGUUCUUUGCGUUUCAAGCACAAACAGCCAGUAGAAAUAAAGGGACCAGAUGGAAUUCAUGUGGUGCAUGGGAGUACUGGAACUCUUUUGACAUCAGACAUCAAUAGUUUACCAGAAGAUGAUCAAAAGGGUAUUGGACGAUCAUUAGAAACACUUAACACAGACAAUUGUGUUUACAAUGACAGAAAUGCGCGCACAGAAUCUGCAAAGUCUACACCAAUGCACAAGUUUAGGGACACCAUAAUGGAAAGCCCUUUAGAAAUAACGGAAUUAUGACUAGAGGUGGCCUCAUUGGUCUAGCAGUUAAGAAGUAUGUACUGAGUCACAGCUUAAGCAUUGUGGCACAAAAGACACAGGACUUAGAAUGGUUGGUAUGGUUUCUUCAAGGAAGCUUAAAGCACAAUACCUACUGUUCUUCGCGCUUCAUGAUGGAUUUCCAGGUUAUGCAACAAUUAGUCUAAUGAAAAACAGCCAUCUUGAGGAGAUAUUUUCAACAUGACUGAAGUUGUGAUUGGAGCAAAGCACACCAUGUUAUGGUGCUUCAAAUGGUUACUAGGAUAGAACACGAAAACUAAUCAUGGCAGAAGAGAAGAAAAUAAUGCUGAGAAUGGCUUGGUACAAAGAAUUCUUUCCUGCCGGCAGUGAAAUACUUUUCUAGUGUUGCAAAAAUUGUCUUUCAAAAGGGAAAAACACUGGACAAAAAACACUGCCACUAGGCCCGUGAGGUCAUAACAUGUUUGAACUUUAGCCCUUUUCUUUUCUAGUUGUGCUGCCCAACCAAAUCUACACAAACUCCAGAGCACAACAAUAAGACUUCCGAAAGCAUUUUAGUGUGUAAUUUAAUUCAUUUCUAAAUGUAUGUGUUUUGUGAGUUUUUUUUAUGUUUGUUAUAAAGAGGGGACAAAAUGCACUUUUAAAUGUCUUUGUCUGCUCAUUUAACAUUGGAAGUUUUUUUUAAUGAAACUUUUCAGUCUAGAUUUAUGGUCCAAUUCCAUAUUCCACCUCCUCCACCCUUCCUCCCAAGGUUGUGCUCAUCACUGUUACCUCCUGGUGACUUGCAGAGCACAACAGUUCCUGCAAGGAAGGAGUGCAGUCAUUUUAUUCUCCAUGCUGCCUUGGUACCGAUAGUACGG